AUGGAAACACACUCCUCUGCCUUUGGCCAGCUCGUCACUGGUCCUCCUGGUGCAGGCAAAUCGACAUACUGCCACGGCAUGUACCAGUUCCUCACUGCGCUCGGCCGGCCAGUAAACGUAAUCAACCUUGACCCGGCUGUUUCCAACCCGCCAUAUCCGUGUGCCGUGUCCAUCACGUCUCUCAUCACACUCGAUGACGUGAUGGAGGAGUACGGACUAGGGCCGAACGGAGCAAUGCUCUACUGCAUUGAAUACGUCGAGGCCAACUUCGACUGGCUCGUUGAACAACUCGACGCUCUGCUCGAACCACAGGGCGGGAACGGCUACAUUGUUAUCGACACGCCCGGCCAAGCCGAGCUUUGGACGAACCACGACAGCUUGAAGCGCAUUGUCAAGCGCCUCCUCAAGAUGGACUACCGCCUGGCGGCGAUCCACCUCACGGACGCGCACGCCAUCACCGACGCCUCCAAGUACAUCUCGGCGGUGCUCCUGGCCCUGCGCGCGAUGCUUCAGCUCGAGAUGCCCCACAUCAAUGUGUUCUCCAAGAUUGACACCAUUGGCGGUUUUGGGGAUCUUCCUUUCAACCUUGACUACUACACCGAGGUGCAGGACCUGUCGUACCUCGUGCGGCAGCUCGAGGAGGUCCCCCGCGCAAAGCAAUUCGCGAAGCUCAACUCGGCGAUGGUGGAGCUCAUUGAGGAGUUCUCUCUUGUCGGCUUCGAGACACUCGCCGUCGAGGACAAGGCUUCGAUGAUGCACCUCGUGCGCCUGAUCGACAAAGUGACCGGAUAUGUCUUCAUGCCGUCGGGAGGCACGACCGAAGACAACCUGCAUGCACUAUUCUCGAGUGCGUCAGGUGCGAUCCCCGGCGGAUAUGCCGACAUAUCGGAUGUUCAGGAGCGCUGGGCCGAGGGGCGCGAGGCGUUCGACAAGGCAGAGGAGGAACAAUGGGAGCGCGAGUGGGCGAUGCGCAAGCAGGCCGAGGCACUCGCGAGCGGUGGUGUCGCAGGCAGCAAGAAGGACGAUGAGCAUAUGGCAUAG